CUCACAUCAUUGAUUAAAAUGCAGGAUGGUACUCUCCCUUACUAUCCAGCGGGAUAACUCGGACUGAGAAUUAGUAUUUUGAUUGGACGACUGGAAUGGAUGACCGCAUUGGCUGGCUGAAGAAGCACAAACUGUCUGGCAACUGAUACGACAAAUGCUCUACAGGAUAAACAAAAGAGGUGGACAAUUGACGACGUCAGAGAAGUCUGAUUAUUUCAACACCACAAAGGGGGUCAAAAAACUAUUUUGAACAAACAAUUAACAUGGACAGAGAAGAGAGCAUUCCUCCUUCACUGGACCUGGAAGUGGAUGGGAUGGAGGGGAAUAUGAACAGGGUGGCAUCCCAGGUGGUGGAGAUCAUCAGUGGGAUGAGUCUGGGAGCCAUCCAGUCUCUGGAGCAGGCUGUGGAGAGAGCUAUGGAGGAGGAGGGAGAUGACUCUGUGUUCUAUGAUGAGGGUGAUGCUCCAUUAGAUUGGGAAGGAAGGUCUUGUCCCUUGGUCUGUGGUUCCACAGAGAAAUCAGCUCAACCACAGAAUGGGAAGGUGAGCCUACUCAAGGCUGAGACAGCCGGUGUAGUCAUGGAGAAUGGGAUGAAUGGAACAGGGAAAGGUCCCAUUACUGAUGGAGGAGACACUCGUAGCUCUGCCCUUUCGGAUAAGGGUGAUACUGGGUCACUUCAGCACACCAACAGUGCCCUAACUGAGCCCCAGACAUCGACAGCCCAAACAGAAACAUUGGCAGAAAUCCCAACUCAAACACUUGCAGAGCCCCAAAAACAUCCAGUGCAGGACACAUUGACGAACAAAGCUUCUGCUGCACACAAGAUGGAGGUGAAAGAUACACAGGAGCAGGCACCUGUUACUACACCCCUGUCUGUACCUGAGGAGGAGGCUCAGUUGAACAGGGAGGCAGAGGCCCCAUGCUCCUCUGGUGACGAGCCCAACAGUGUGAGUCAGGAUGAGGAGGACACAGACAAAGGUUCCCAGGAUUCCCUGGCCUGUCAGGGUACAAGUUCCAAGUCCUCAGAAGGACAGAAGUCUGGCCGGCCCCGUCGUAAGAAAUCCUCCGACCACAACACCAGCUCCAAAUAUAGCACUGUCUCCUACAGGAAGAUACGCAAAGGUAACACUCGUCAGAAGAUCGAUGAGUUUGAGUCCAGGAUGAUGAAUCUAUAACAUUACAUCAAGUUAAUAUCUGGAAGAUGCUGCAGCUUUACUUCAACUGCAAGGAGCUGGAUGGGGCAUGCUAAACCAGUCGCUAUGCAAAUUGGAAUAACGAUAACCUGUUAUCAUUGGUUGCGUCUGUCUAAUACACAAUCCUAAUAGAUUUUGAGUUUAACAUAUUUCAAAUAUUGACAUUUUACUGUAAUGUUAUGUCCCUACUGAAGCCAAAAGAAUGAUCGACAUGUAAAAAGUAUGCGUUUUCACACACUUGAAAUGACUACUGAUAGGAGCUCAAUAUGCAUAGUAGUAUUGUAACAUAAUGGAUCGAAAAUAAUUUGUUAAAUAUAAUCCCCAGAAUUAAAGUUAUUUCAUUUGAAAAUAAUAGUGGGGAACAUUUGAUUAUGUAAGGCAGGUAUUUGAUUAGCAGAUAAAAAAACGAGGCUUGGGGACCUAGUAAUCCUUCUAGCAAACAUUAAGACUUGCAUUCCCAGGGGCCCCUGGCCUGUAAAGAUUUCAAUACACUUCGGUAAGCACUGCAAGUAUGAAUUUCAGGUGAUCAACCCUAUAUGUGAAGUUCUGCUAUUUAAAUACAAUACUAAAAGUAUUUAGUCAGCCACCAAUUGUGCAAGUUCUCCCACUUAAAAAGAUGAGAGAG